UUUUGUAAUUGUGAAUAAUUUUACUGUUUUAAAAUUUUAGCUUAAAAACAAUUCCAAGUAAAAAAUAGUUUUAUUCUUUCUCUUUGAAAAUUACAAUCAUUUAAAAUAUUAUUGUGAUUUUGAAGACUUCAACUUUUGAAUAAAAAUGUGUUUUUUAAAAUUUUUGGUGCUCCUUCCUUUUUGCAUUCUUGUCGUAGUAAACUGCAGUCCUACUAAUAUAAAUAGCAAAACGCGCUUCAUUUCAAAUUAUGCACUUGACUCUUCAUUUAGCAUACCUUUAAUAGUUAAAAGAUGCAUACAGGAAGUGGAAAACAGAGGAAUGAAUGAACCAUUAUUAUACUUUGAAAUUAGCUACGAAGAGAAUGGUAAAAAAUUAUUCACAGAAUUAACUAACAAUCACGUCGAUCUAUCGCAACAAAAUCCUCUGAUAAUUGCCGAAACUCUCAAAUUCUUUUUGAGAUUUUUAAAGUCACCUUUGAUUGUUCCUGAACUGAUUAAUGAAUUUUCACAAGCUGUAGAAUCAACAGUUGAUUUCGAAAAAUUAGAUGAACUGAUUGACAAACUUCCGCUUGUAAAUCGAAGAACUCUUGCAUUACUGAUGACACAUUUAAAACGAGUCUUAAAACAGAAUCACGUUUCACAAAUGCAAUUAAACAUAAUUUUUAAACAUCUUUUUUUUUAUUGUUAUGCGUCUCCAAAUAUUGCGGGAAAUAUUCUUGAUGCCUUUUUUUCUUUUCCAUUCAAAUAUUGGAAUUUAAUUACUAAUUAUACUUCAAUUAUCAAGAUUCGUCAAGAAGAAAACUCGGCAAUAAAUACUGAAGAUGAUAUGCGAAAUGAAGUGAUUCAUGUAUUAUCGUCAGAAGAUGAGACAAUGCAGCAAAAUUCAGAUGAAAGGCAACCAGAAAAGCUCCGCAUUCACCAGUAUUCACUUGACUCUUCAUCUUCCAUACCUAUAAUAAUUAUAAGAUCCAUACAGGAACUGGAAAACAGAGGAAUAAAUAAUAUACAAGACACUUAUUAUUAUACCAGAAACAGGAAUGUGAAUGACAAUAAUUUAUUGAAAGAAAUUAUACUUUCUAACAAUGUCGAUUUAUCACAAUAUGACCCUCUGAUAUUUCCCAAAAUUAUCAAAACAUUUUUGAGUGAUUUGAGGUCACCUUUGAUUGAUCCUCGUAUGAGUAAAAACUUGUCACAAGCUGUAGAAUCAACAGUUGAUUUCAAAAAAUUAAAAGAACUGAUUAAGGAACUUCCGCUUGUAAACCGAAAAACUCUUGCAUUGCUAAUGAUACAUUUAAAACGAGUUUUAAUUAAUGAAAAUAGCGUUUCGCAAUCGAGAUUAAACUUAUAUUAUAGAAGAGCUUUUAUUUCUUAUUAUACGUCUGCAGAUAAUCAGAAAAAAAUUAUUGAUGCUUUUUUUUCUCUUCCAUUCGAUUAUUGGAAUUCCAUUACUGAUUAUGCUUCAGUUAUUCAUGUAUUAUCGUCAGAAGAUGAGACAAUGGAGCAAAAUUCAGAUGAAAUGCAACCAGACAAGCUCUACAUUGAAGAUUAUCCACUUAACUCUUCCAUACCUUUAAUAAUUAUAAGAUCCAUACAGGAACUGGAAAACAGAGGAAUAAAUAAUAUACAAAACACUUAUUAUUAUGCCAAAAACACGAAUGUGAAUGAGAAUAAUUUAUUUAAAGAAAUGAUACUUUCUGACAAUGUCGAUUUAUCACAAUAUGACCCUCUGAUAUUUCCCAAAAUUAUCAAAACAUUUUUGAGAGAUUUGAAGUCACCUUUGAUUGGUUUUCAAUUGAAAAAAAACUUCUCACAAGCUGUAGAAUCAACAGUUGAUAUCAAAAAAAUAAAAGAACUGAUUAAGGAACUUCCGCUUGUAAACCGAAAAACUCUUGCAUUGCUAAUGAUACAUUUAAAACGAAUUUUAAUUAAUGAAAAUAGCGUUUCGCAAUCGACAUUAAACUUAUAUUAUAGAAGAGCUUUUUUUUUUAAUUCUAUCUCUGCAGAUAAUCAAAAAAAAAUUUUUGAUGCUUUUUUUUCUCUUCCAUUCGGUUAUUGGAAUUCCGUUACUGAUUAUGCUUCAGUUAUUCAUGUAUUAUCGUCAGAAGAUGAGACAAUGCAGCAAAAUUCAGAUGAAAGGCAACCAGAAAAGCUCUACAUUGAAGAUUAUCCACUUAACUCUUCCAUACCUUUAAUAAUUAUAAGAUCCAUACAGGAACUGGAAAACAGAGGAAUAAAUAAUAUACAAAACACUUAUUAUUAUGCCAAAAACACGAAUGUGAAUGAGAAUAAUUUAUUGAAAGAAAUGAUAUUUUCUGACAAUGUCGAUUUAUCACAAUAUGACACUCUGAUAUUCCAUAAAAUUAUCAAAACAUUUUUGAUUGAUUUGAGGUCACCUUUGAUUGUUCCUCGUAUGAUAAAAAACUUGUCACAAGCUGUAGAAUCAACAGUUGAUUUCAAAAAAUUAAAAGAACUGAUUAAGGAACUUCCGCUUGUAAACCGAAAAACUCUUGCAUUGCUGAUGAUACAUUUAAAACGAGUUUUAUUUAAUAAAAGUAGCGAUACGCAAUCGAAAUUAAACUUAUAUUAUAGAAGAGCUUUUAUUUCUUAUUAUACGUCUGCAGAUAAUCAGAAAAAAAUUAUUGAUGCUUUUUUUUCUCUUCCAUUCGAUUAUUGGAAUUCCAUUACUGAUUAUGCUUCAGUUAUUAAUGGAUUAUAAUCAGAAGAAGAUGACUUAGUUUUAUGAUGAUGUAAUGAAUAUUUCUUUUUAAUCUACAAAGAAAAUAAUUUUAUCUUGAUAUAUUUAUGAGCGAUUCUCGAAAGGAUUUCGACAAAAAUGUCAUUUAAAGAUUUCUU